UCCUCACUACACCCCUACCUCCCUCCACCCCUCCCUCACUCCCUCCCUCCCUCGCUCCCUCAAUCUCUGAUGGCUCUAUGGGGCUUCCUCAGUGUCAGCCUGCACUGCUGGGUCUGGCUCUGGGCCGGGGCCCCUGUGUCGACCAGCUUGCCCCACGACCGCCCCGGAGGGCCCCUGGACUGGCUGCUGUCCGACAAGGGCCCCUUCCACCACUCCCAGGAGUACACAGACUUCGUUGAGAGGAACCGGCAGGGCUUCUCCACCCGCUACAAGAUAUACCGAGAGUUUGGGAGAUGGAAGGUGAAUAACCUGGCUGUUGAGAGGAGAGACUUCCUGGAGUCGUCGUUGCCCCUGACGCCAGAGUUCAUCCGUAACAUCCGUCUCCUGGGUCGGAGACCCACCACCCAGCUCAUCACUGAUAACCUGAUAAGGAAGUAUGGGACACACUUCCUGCUGUCGGCCACGCUGGGAGGGGAAGAGGCCUUAACGAUAUUUGUGGACAAGAGGAAGCUGAGUAAGAAGGCGGAGGUGAGCGACUACUCUGGCUCUGGCAACUCGUCCAGCGUAACUCUGGAGGCCCUGCACCAGCUGGCUGCCUCCUACUUCAUAGACAGAGAGAGCACCCUGCGCAAGCUGCACCACAUCCAGAUAGCAUCCACAGCCAUUAAGGUAACAGAGACCCGGACAGGCCCUCUCGGAUGCAGUAACUAUGACAACCUUGAUUCUGUCAGCUCUGUACUGGUUCAGAGUCCGGAAAACAAAGUCCACUUGCAAGGCCUGCAGGUUAUCCUGCCAGACUACCUGAGGGACAGUUUUGUCCAAGCUGCUCUAAGCUACAUCGCCUGUAACGGGGAGGGGGGCUUUGUCUGUAAGGACAAUGACUGCUGGUGCAAGUGUGACCCCAAGUUCCCAGAAUGCAACUGUCCCUACAUGGACAUCCAAGCCAUGGAGGACAGCCUACAAAGGAUCACUGAGACCUGGGCGACACUCUACAAGGAGUUUGAGGAUUCAGAUGAGUUCAAGACCUUCCUUAUGAGGCUCCCACAGAACUUCUUCCUGAACGUGUCGACGAUCCAGCACCUGUGGUCGUUGGAUGGCGUGUUCCAGUGGCGCUACGAGCAGCUGGAGAACAGCAUGAGUGUGCUCUUCAGACGAGCCCAGAGAGUGGUGUUCAAGCUCUUCAGCCUCAGCAAGAGGUGCCAGAGGCAGCCUCACAUCCGCCUACCCAGAGAAUGGCCCCAGUCCUACUGGCUGAUCCACUUCCAGUCUCUCCUCUACUGUUCUGAGAACAACCAGCUGGGUUCCUUCUCUGAGGAGCUCCACAGCUGUACCUGCAGCUACGAGCACAGCCCUUGCCAGCUGCCCCCACCAUGUGCCAUCGGAGAGGGUCCCGCCUGUGCAGCCUGCGCCCCAGACAACCACACCCGAUGUGGGAGCUGCAACCCUGGCUACGCCCUAACCCAGGGGGCCUGCAGACCCAUGGUGGCUGACUCAACAGAGAACUACCUGGGCUUUGAGACAGACCUACAGGACCUGGAGCUGAGAUAUCUCCUGCAGAGGGCCGACCGUAGGCUGGAGGUCCAUGCCAUCUUCAUCAGCAACGACAUGCGUCUGAACAGCUGGUUUGACCCGUCCUGGAGGAAGAGGAUGCUGUUGACGCUGAAAAGCAACAAGUACAAGUCCAACCUGGUCCACAUGCUGCUGGGGGUGUCUCUCCAGAUCUGCCUGACCAAGAACAGCACCCUGGAGCCCGUCCUCACCCUAUACAUCAACCCCUUCGGAGGCAGCCACUCUGAGAGCUGGUACAUUCCAGUCGGUGAGAACAGCUUCCCAGACUGGACGGCCACCAAACUGGACCUGCCCCUGGAGUGCUUCAACUGGACCCUGACGCUGGGCAACAAGUGGAAGACCUUCUUUGAGACCAUCCACAUCUACCUGCGGAGCCGGAUAAAGACGCAGGGCAGUGGAGGUCCGGCGGGGGCUGUGAACGACAGCCUCUACUAUGAGCCAUUAGAAAUGGUGGACCCUUCACGGAAUCUGGGCUACAUGAAGAUCAACAGCAUCCAAGUGUUUGGCUACAGCAUGCACUUUGACCCAGAAGCAAUCCAUGACCUGAUCCUGCAGCUGGACUACCCAUACACCCAGGGCUCCCAGGGCACGGCCCUGCUGCAGCUGCUGGAGAUCAGGGACCGGGUCAACAGACUGUCCCCUCCGGGUCAGCAGAGACUGGACCUGUUCGCCUGUCUGCUCAGACACCGGCUCAAACUGACCGCCAGCGAGGUGGUCCGCAUACACGCCUCCCUGCAGGCCUUCAGCAACCGCCUGCCCAACUCUCUGGAUUACGAGACCACCAAGCUGUGUAGUUAACAGCUACUAGGGGAUGACUGGGAGAUGUUAAAGUUCAUAUCUACAAGGGGAACUAUUGGACGGCUGAAUAGUGUACUACUACAGUAGUUUGACUUUCAGUGGUUUGUUGAUUCUCUGGAUUACAAGACCGUAAAACUAUGUACUUAACCAUUACAGAGACACAGGAAGGACAAGAAGAAAUAUGUCUUUUGGCGUUCAGUUGGGUUGCAACUCAAUGACUUGUAAAUGGUUGAGAGAUGCAGGAAGCUGGUCCUUUUUUGUCCACAGAAGACACACAAAAACUCUGACAACCGUAAACAAAAACAGAUCUAGAAAUUCAAAUAUUUAACUCUCUCCACAUCCACUUCACCAUCUUGUUAAAAUACAACCCUGCUAAUUUAUACAGUAUAUACUGAAGCCAACUGGAGGGACCUUUUAAGAUACAUGGUACAGUCUGUUUGUUUGUAACUCUUUUAUAUGUUAUUUUGCUUCAGUGACAGUGCACUUUCCAUAAUGACCAGAAUACAGUGGUGUCAGUCAGUUUUGUAGAUAACUUGUUAUUAAAACAUCAUGGAGUAACAACUGGGGAUAAUAUUUGUCAAACUUACUUAGAGCUGAGGAACAGCUGUUGUCACAUCUCAUUGUAAGACACUUUUAUCGCAGCAAUUAAAACCACUUAGGAACUGAGUGAAUGAAAUUAAACAUGAUAGUGGAGUUUGAUCAAAUAA